GCCGGUCGCUCAGCCUUCCGAAACUCCUGUACCCCUCCGCAGGUCACCACAGGGCCAGUUACUACAAGGGCCAGUCUUCAUUUUACCUGUGCUACCACAGCAGUGUCCAGAAAGUCUGGCACUGGUGCUGCUCAGGAGAUGCAUAAUUUCAUCUUGAAAGAUUCUGUAGCCUCAAUAAGAACUCCCUGUGAGAUUUUGUCAAACAUUUUCUUGAGGCACCAGUGGUAUGAGUCAAGUUCAUUGGACAGUAGAAGCUGCUUGGAUGCACCUGUUUUUGGAGAUCAAAAUCAAGGAGCAGUUUUCCUACGUGAAUUUACAUUGAUUCGGAGAGAAAGUCUUCAUGAUGAUUUCGUAUCAGAUUUGCUGAAUAACCACAAAAUAGAAGAUCCGAGCUCCAGAACAACUUGCUCGGAGGAAGAUCGAGACUCACUGUGGGAUGCCUGGGGCUCAUGGAGUGAAUGUUCACGCACUUGUGGAGGAGGGGCUUCAUAUUCACUGAGACGCUGCCUGAGCAGCAAGACCUGUGAAGGACGAAACAUCCGGUACAGGACAUGCAGCAAUGUGGAUUGUCCACCAGAAGCAGGUGAUUUCCGUGCUCAGCAGUGCUCUGCUCACAACGACGUCAAAUAUCAGGGACAGUUUUAUGAGUGGCUUCCUGUGUCUAAUGACCCUGACAACCCAUGCUCACUGAAGUGCCAGGCCAGAGGAAUGGCUCUUGUUGUGGAGCUGGCACCAAAGGUUCUGGAUGGGACCCGGUGCUACACUGAAUCCCUGGACAUGUGCAUCAGUGGCUUGUGCCAAAUCGUUGGCUGUGACCGCCAGCUGGGAAGCACUGUCAAGGAAGAUAACUGUGGGGUCUGCAAUGGAGAUGGGUCCACCUGCCGGCUGGUUCGAGGCCAGUAUAAGUCCCAGCUCUCAGCAAAUAAACUAGAUGAUACAGUGGUUGCUAUUCCCUAUGGAAGCAGGCAAGUUCGCCUCAUGCUGAAAGGACCCGAUCAUUUAUAUUUGGAAACCAAGACUCUUCAAGGUUUGAAGAGUGAAAACAGCCUCAGCACCACAGGCUCCUUUCUUGUAGAAAAUUCUAGCAUUGACUUCCAGAAGUUUCCUGACAAGGAGAUCUUAAGAAUAUCUGGUCCUCUCACUGCAGACUUCACUAUCAAGAUUCAUUAUGCUGGUGCUGCUGACAGUUCAGUUCAGUUCAUCUUCUAUCAGCCUAUCAUUCACCGAUGGAGGGAAACUGAUUUUUUUCCUUGUUCGGCAUCCUGUGGAGGAGGUUAUCAACUGACAUCUGCUGAGUGUUUUGAUCUGAGAAGCAGCCGGGUAGUAGCAGAUCAAUACUGCCACUAUUAUCCUGAAAAUAUCAAGCCAAAGCCAAAACUUCAGGAGUGUAAUCUGGAUCCUUGUCCUGCAAGUGAUGGAUACAAGCAGAUCAUGCCCUAUGACCUCUACCAUCCCCUUCCUCGAUGGGAAAGUACACCCUGGACUGCCUGUUCCUCAUCCUGUGGAGGGGGCAUUCAAAGCCGUAGCAUCUCAUGUGUGGAAGAAGACAUUCAGGGGCAUAUCAGCCCUGUGGAAGAAUGGAAAUGCAUGUAUACUCCAAAGAUGCCUGUUGUCCAGGCUUGCAAUAUAUUUGACUGCCCAAAGUGGCUUGCUCAGGAAUGGUCUCCGUGCACUGUGACCUGUGGACAAGGACUCAGAUACCGUGUAGUCCUUUGCCUUGAUCACAGAGGAAUGCAUACAGGAGGCUGUAGUCCUAAAACAAAGCCACACAUAAAAGAGGAAUGCAUUGUAUCCACUCCUUGCUACAAACCCAGAGAGAAACUUCCUGUGGAAGCAAAGUUGCCAUGGUAUAAGCAGGCUCAAGAGCUGGAGGAAGGAACAGCUGUAUCUGAAGAACCAUCGUUUAUUCCUGAGGCUUGGUCCACCUGUAGUGUCACCUGUGGAGUAGGCAGCCAGGUGCGGCUUGUGAAAUGUCAAGUGCUCCUCUUUUUCUCUCAGUCUGUGGCUGACUUGCCCAUCGAUGAAUGCGAAGGUCCCAAACCUGUGUCUCAGAGAGCCUGUUACAGUGGUCCCUGCAGUAGGGAGGCAAUUGAAUACACCCCGGAGGAAACUGAGUUUCUGUAUGGGAGCUUGCAGGAGUUUGAUGAGCUCUAUGACUGGGAAUAUGAAGGCUUUACAGAGUGUUCAGAGUCCUGUGGAGGAGGUAUCCAGGAGGCUGUGGUGACCUGUCUGAACAAACAAACCAGGGAGACUGCAGAUGAGACACUGUGUGUAACCAGCCACCGUCCUCCACAGCUGCUAAAAGCCUGCAAUGUGGACCCCUGCCCCCCAAGGUGGGAGAUUGGGAAAUGGAGCACCUGCAGUCUUACCUGUGGGGUUGGUUUACAGACACGAAAGGUCUUCUGUUCUCAUCUACUGUCGAGAGAGACUAAUGAGAGCAUGAUUUUGGCAGAUGAACUGUGCUCUAAACCUAAGCCAUCCCUUGUGCAAGGCUGUAACCGCUUUGACUGCCCGCCCUCCUGGUAUCCUACAGAAUGGCAAGAGUGUUCGCAGACAUGUGGCGAUGGUGUCCAGAAGCGAGAUACAUUUUGUAAGCAGCGCCUGGCAGAUGGGAGCUUAUUAGAGCUGCCAGAAACCUUCUGCUCCAUGCCAAGGACAGUUACCCAACAAGUCUGCAAAAAUGAAGAUUGUCCCAAUGAGUGGCUGCUCUCUGACUGGACACAGUGUUCAGUGAGCUGUGGAGAAGGCACACAGAGUCGAAAUGCCAUUUGCAGAAAACCACUGAAACCCGGGGGAUUUGUUAUCAUCAAUUCCUCACUCUGCCUGCCUUUGCCAUUGACAUCCUUGAUCAGGCCCUGUGUACUAGGCCCCUGUGCAAGGCACAACAGGCCAGCUCAUAGUCAAAGCCCCCAUAUUAUGGCUGUAAGGAAAGUUUACAUCCAGACAAGGAAGCAGAAGAAACUACACUUUAUUGUGGGUGGGUAUGCCUACCUGCUGCCCAAAACUUCUGUUGUUCUCCGAUGCCCUGCAAGGAGGUUCAGAAAAUCAAUGAUCACUUGGGAGAAGGAUGACAAGAGGCUCCUCAGCUCAGCUCACAUCACCGUUGCACCCUAUGGGUACAUGACAAUCCAUCGCUUGAAGCCUUCAGACUCUGGGACAUACACCUGCACAGCAGGGCCAGCUCGGGAGAAUUUCAUGAUUAAACUAAUUGGAAGCAACAAGAAUAUAAUUGCUGGGCAGCCAACUGGUAUUAGGGAGGAAGAGGCCAUGAGAAAGGCCAGUUUAAAUGAAGCCUUGAGAACAGAGGAGAAACAUCUCAAUGGGAUUUUCUUCAAUGGUAGCAAUGCUGAAAAGCGAAGGCACCUUGCUAACCGCAGCAGAUGGUAUGACAAUAUUGUCUCAAGGCUGCUACAGCACAGGGGCUGGCCAGGGGAAAAUCUGGAGUCCUGGGAAGCCCAGGAGUCCAUGGAGAGAAAUGCAUCCUCAGAAGAGAACCAUAGCCAGAACCAUAGCCUGCCAUUUACUAUGAUUACAGAGCAGAAACGCUUGGAUGAUAUCAUAAGGAAUUUGUCUCAACAGCCAGAGGAGCUUAAAGAUAUGUACACUGAGCAGCUUGUUGUGCAGCUGGCUCACGAGGUUUUCGAGAGCCACUUGGAGCACCAGGAAUUUGUCCUCAAAGCAUCAAGGCGAAAAGUUGAUUCAGUCUCAGUGGAGUACCCUUUCCACAGACAAGUUUCUGGAUUUACCAGAUCCCUGAGGACAUCAUCUGCUGAAGUGUUUCUUCCCACUUCUGUAGACCUGGCUAAUGGCUUGCACAGACCUCAUCAAAAGCCUGCCAUUCUCCGGAAGAUUACAGCAGCACAACAGCUUUCUGCUUCAGAGGUUGUUACCCACCUGGGACAGACAGUGGUUCUAGCAAGUGGCACACUCAGCGUGCUGCUUCACUGCGAAGCAGUGGGAAAUCCAAAGCCCACCAUCAGCUGGGCUAAGAAUGGAGAGGAGGUGAAAUACAAUGAUAGAAUACUCCUUCAGCCUGAUGACUCCUUGCAGAUUCUAGCACCCGUGGAAGCUGAUGUGGGUUUCUAUGCUUGCAAUGCAUCCAAUGCCUUGGGAUCUGACUCUGUCUCCAUUGCUGUUACUCUAGCAGGAAAGCCACUGAUAAAGGCAUCAAAAGCUACUGUGAUCAACACUGAAUUACCUGCUGUCACUGUUGAUAUUGGAAGCAUGGUGAAAACAAUCCAGAAAGCAAAUGUUACCAUUAACUGCCACGUUGCAGGUGUUCCUGAAGCAAAAGUUACUUGGUUUAAAAACAAGGUCAAGCUGCUCUCUGCUCACCACCUGCAUGAUGGGUUGCUGAUAAUUGCAAAUGUUUCUCUGUCAGACCAGGGGUUAUACUCCUGCAAGGCAGCCAAUAUUCAUGGGGAGGUAACUGAAAGCUCCCAGCUGUUGGUUCUUGAGCCUCCACGACCUCUUCCUUAUCUAGAAGACUUGACAGCAGUGCUUUCCAGUGCUGGGCCCAGCACUCAUUUGGUGCUGACCACUCCUUCAGGAACAAAACUGACUGUCAGUCCAGGGAGCUCUGCUCUCAUAGGUUGUGCUGUUGAUGGUCAUCCAACCCCAAACAUCACCUGGCUUUACUCUAGUGAACCUCUCCAUCUGGGACAUCAUCUCCUGGCAGCAGGCCGGAUUCUUCAGAUACUCAAUGUCAGUGAUUUCACUGAUGGUGAAUUCAGCUGCCUUGCUCAAAAUGAGGCUGGCUCACUCACACAAAAAAUGUCCCUGGCUAUACAAGAAUACCGGUGGUCAGUGGACAAACCGACAGCUUGUUCGGCUUCCUGUGGCCACAAAGGGGUGCAGCUGCCCCAGUUGAGGUGCUUGCUGGAUGGGGCUGAAGUCAACACAUUGUACUGCAGAGAGACACCCAAGCCAUCUCUGCAGCCCAUUGCAUGCAACAGAAGAGACUGCCCUUCACGAUGGAUGGUGACAUCAUGGUCUCUUUGCACGCGGAGCUGUGGUGGAGGCAUCCAAAUGCGGCGAGUGACCUGUCAGCGCCUGACAGCAAAGGGCAGCUCUGUCCCAAUGUCAAAUGAGGCUUGUGCCCAGGUGUCCAAGCGCCCUGUGGACACACAGAACUGUAACAGGCAGCCCUGUUUUGAGUGGGUAGUCUCCUCCUGGAGCCAGUGUAAUGGGCCCUGCAUUGGACCACGACUGGCUGUACAGCACAGACAGAUAUUUUGCCAGACCAAAGAUGGGACUUCUGUGUCAUCUGAUCAAUGCAGUGCCUUACCAAGGCCGUUGAACACCCAGAACUGCUGGACCGACGUCUGUGGUGUGCACUGGAGGGUCAGCCUGUGGACCGUCUGCACGGCUCCGUGUGGAAACUACGGCUUCCAGUCCCGGCGUGUCGACUGUGUGCACAUCCGCACCAACAAACCUGUGAUGGAGCAUCACUGCUCCUGGAGGCCAAGACCAUCAAACUGGCAGCGCUGCAACAUCACACCCUGUGAAAAUGUGGAGUGCAGAGACACUACAAGGUACUGUGAGAAAGUGAAGCAGCUCAAACUCUGCCAGCUCACCCAGUUUAAGUCACGUUGCUGUGGGACUUGUGGAAAAUCUUGAAGACAGACAAAAUGAAAAUGGAGGAACAAGGGGAUCACAGCUUUGCUUCACUGAGGCAAGGGCUUUUGCAGAAAAUACAAAUGGAAUGGAAAUAUCCUUUUCAUUUUAUUCAUUUCCCUUUAAAAAAAAAAAAAGAACACCUUUUACCCAAAUCAUUGUUGUAAAGGGUCUUGAAAAGUUUUUCCUUCUAUAAAUCUGAGAGACAGAAUGCAGCGAAACAUGGUCAUGAAGGUAGACCAUAAAGGGUCAGAGAGACCAAUGCCACCAGAAAUGGGUGUGAGAGGAGUGGAGCUUCCCCAUAAUCCAUAUACAUGCCUGGGGGAUACACCAAGAGACAGAUGAGGAAGAGGACCAGAGUAAAAACCUAGCAUCACAUUACAGAAUCACAGAAUCACAAAGGUUGGUAGAAACCUUCAGGAUCACCUGGUCUAACCAUCAACCCAGCACCACCAUAAUCAUCCCUAAACCAUAUACCCGAGUGCCACGUCCAGACUCCGCUUGAACACUUACAGAGAUGGUGACUCCACAACCUCCCUGGGCAACUUAAUCAAAUGCCUAGCCACUCUUUCAGUGAGUUUUUUUUCUUUCUAAUAUCUAAUCUGAACCUCCCCUGGCACAACUUGAGGGCAUUUCCUCUCAUAUUUUCAUUUGAAACAUGACAGAAGACACCAAUCCCCACCACACCACAACCUUCUUUCCCGUAGUUAUAGAGAGUAAUGACGUACUCCUUGAGCCUCCUCUUCUCCCAGCUGAACAACCCCAGCUCCCUCAACCACUCCUUAUAGGAUGUGUUUUCUAGACCUUUCACUGGUUUUGUAGCCCUUUUCUGGAUACGCUCCAGCACUUCAGUGCCUUUUCUGAGGGGCUCAAAACUGAACACAGGAUUCAAGGUGCAGCCUUACCAGCAGCAAGUACAGCAGUACAAUCAUUUCCCUGGUCCUGCUGGCCACACUAUUCUUGAUACAGGACAAGAUGUCAUUGGCCUUCUUGGCCACUUGGGCAUUGCUGAUUCAUGUUCAUGCUGCUGACCAGCCCUCUCAAAGUCCCUUUCUGCUGAACAUCUCUUAAGCCACUUUUCCCCAAGCCUGUAGCAUUGUUACGUGGGGUUGUUGUGGCUCAAGGGCAGGACCCAGCACUUUGCUUUAUGGAACCUCGUGCAGUUGUCUUCAGCCCACCAAUCCAGUCUGUCAAGACCCCUCUGCAGAUUCUUCCUUCCCUCCAGCAGACCAACACUCCCACCUGACUUGGUGUCGUCUGCAAACUGACUGAGGAUGCACUCAAUCCCCUCAGUUUGACUGGUCAAAUAGUGUGCUGGAGAAAAAAAAAAGGCUGAACUAAACUGCAUUAUACGGAUACUUCAUCUGUCUUGGACUACUUUGAGAACACAAGCAUAUGAUUCUGUUUUAUAAACUUAUUUGUUACAUCCAAGAUUGUAACCCUUCUUUUUAGUUUCUAAACCACUCUCUCCUUCUCACAUCAGGCCUGGAAAUUAUUUCAGUGGGACAUCCUUGUGAUCUUUCAGGAUCUGGUGUCUGGGGAAGUUGAACAAUGGUCUAUAAUAUAAGUGGAUCUAAAAGACACCUGAAAAUGUUCCCAGUUUGAGCUUUUGAGGGAGAAUUGGGGAUUGAAGUGUUGCCCUCAGCACAGAGGUGAGGUGAUGAUGUUAAUUAUUAUCCAGGCAAAGGAGAGAAAGUAUGAUCUGCUUGACAGACUGUAAUACAAACCUAAAAAUACUGUUCCCUAAUCAGCACAGGCAGGAAAGGUAGAAACCGUCUGUGAUAAUGGGAGGUACCUUGCAUACUGCAUCCUACUAAGACUUAUUUAGAAAAGAGAGGAGUACCAGUUCCCAGAGUUCAGGUGUUUUCAGACCUGGGGUUUUGGAAAGGAAUUUGAAAAAGUGGGUUUUCCUAACCUGCUAACACAAAAUUUCCCUCUCCUAACAGCCAAGCCUUUUGGACAUAGUAGAAAAGAGCUUGAUUCUGGUUUCUCAUGGCUGUUCCCAGUCGGUAGAAACAGAAUGGAUUUAGCAUCAGCCCCAGAGGGGUAAUGCAAAUAAUUUUUAACAAACUUGCUCCUCUCCAGCUGCCUCUCACAACAAAACAGGUGUUAUAAAGCCACAGAUAUUUAAGUCCAUGUAUAACACCCUGAAGAUACAAUCUAAAAAGUGGGACUCAAACAUCACACCCACAGCAUGAUUUUGCAUGCAGGCUGUGAGUAGUGCUCCAUGCUUUAAGUUCCUGUCCAUUCUCUGCUCUUCUUAGAAUGGGGCCCUAAAAUUAGAGAAAAUCUGCAAAGUAGGGUGUUGAGAAUUGUGGAGCUUUAAAGAACUACUUGGAUACUGAGUUUUGGUUGAAGACCUCUAAAUUAAAGAGAAUGGUGGUGCCUCUCCUGUAACCCCUGGUGGUGCUAGUGUGUUGUGGUAUGCUAAUGAAAUGCUGUUCAAGUUCUACCAUGCUGCAACUUCCAUGACGUGGAUUUUUCAGCAAAACUGGGAGUCCAUUUUCGAGGUCAGUGCCAGGUUCAUGAUAUUAAGCUGUCUCAAAUUGGCUUAUUUCAAAACACAACUGGCAGUGAAUGCUCUUAGUACAAAUGGGUUUUCAAGAGUGUUACUAAGCAUCAGUGUAACUUUUUAUUUAAAAAAAUAAUCCUUUUCUAUGUAUGUGAAUGUGUAUCUUUUCUAAUAUUUAUUAGGAUUUCUUGUAUAAAAAGUGCAAUAGUAAUAAUUGUACAGAUAAAACUAUUUUGCCAUUUUUUUAAAAUCUCCCCAGAAUUUUGUUCCUCUAAAAUCAACAGUAAUAGUGUAUUUCUCUUAGUUUUAAUAGCACUUGCAUUUAGUUGGGAAUCUGCUUCACUGUGCACAGAGUGCUUUAUAAACUAUGGCGUGAGGAAGGGAUGAUGUUUUUAACUUGUGAAAUGGUAGUUAUGCAUGGAAUGAAGGACAAUUCCUUAAUAACAUAAUAAUAAUGAUGAUGAUGAUGACAAUGUGAUGGAAAUUUCUGGUACAUUAGUUAACACAAAGCAAAGUAUUUGGGAAAACAUUUUCUUUUGUUUAAAAGCAAAACAUGCUAAGGUGAUCACAUGUUCCAUGUGUUAUCUGUAUAACCGUGCACAGGAUAAACAUGAAGGAUCUGAUCUGGAGUGGCCACUGUGUUGAUUUAAUUUCACGUCUGUCUUCUGAAUUGUGACUUGGCAGCAUCUCAGUAAGAUAAGGAUUGCUGGAUAUUUUAGGAAUCUCUAAAGGGAAAACAGAACAGCAAACUUGUAUUUAUAUAACUUUUUGUACAAGUAAUGCAGGUUACUUAUUUAACCACUACUGUCUGAUGUGUUGGUUUUUUACCUUAAAAACAAAAGCCAAAUUAGCAAAGUUGUUGGAGUUCUCUGUCCUUAUUCCAUAUUAUGAUAGCAGCACACAUCUAUUACACAAAGUACACAUAAGGUGCCUGCCUUGGGAAAAGAGCAUGUCUUAACUCAUUUUUAAAGGUCUCCAGCCAUUAAGAUUCUGCACCCUGUCUUGAAGAUAUGUUUUAAUUCUUCAUUUGCCUUGCUUUAUUCUUUUUUGUUAAUGUCCUGCCUCUAUUGCUUUUGCAGAAGUAUAAAGCCAUUGCUGCUGGUUCAAGGAUCAUGGAUAUCAAUAAAAGUAUACUCCUUUUUUUCUAUACAGCAAUGCUUCAAGACAUCUUAUAACUCUCCUCAGCAACUUACAGCUUGAAGAAACACCUGUUAAUUCAAUUUUUCCUUACAGAUUUCUGCUGCCUUCAGUAAUGGAGCUGCCAGCUACCUGAUGCACCUAAAGCAUAAGAUGUAUACAUUGAAGAAAUCCUAGUAAUGGUCAGAAUUACGAGGGGAAAGAAGAAAAAAAAUUGAUAAAACAAAAGCAUUUUUUCUUAACAAAGACAAAAUUGAGUUUUGAAAACUAAGCUGGUUCUUGCUCUUACCCUUCUCAAACAAAUAAUAUAUCUCUUCUAAAAGGGAAAAGUGAUUUUGCUCUGAUUUACUGACAGUUUUCCUUGUGUGAUAUUCCUGCAUAUAUUUUUUUUAGAUACCUAAACUGCAGGUAAAUAACACCUCACACAUACACUAACUCAAACAGACAACCAAGUCAAAGACCAGACCUAAGACUUCGAAGCAACAGUACUGAAGGCAGUGGGAAUUUCAUCAUUCAUUUUGAGUAAAACAAGUAUAGAAGCUGGUGCUGAUGUAAAAUAAACAGCAGGCUGGCUUAGGUUCCCAACAGAAUAAUGAUGCUCUUUUAUGCAUAUGGCUUUAGUUACUAGUCAGGUCAAAAAGCCUUCAAAACCUUCAAAGCGAGCUUCCAAUUUUGUUCCUCCUACUAAUUUUCCUCACAAAAAACAGUUCUGGAAAAAACAGAAAAGUACAGUGCUGAAAGGUUUCCCACAGAAGACCUACUCCUGGCCUCUGUUAUGUGGCAAGGCAAGGAUAACUAAACUACUCCAGGCAUCUGCAUCUUCAUGCAUCAUCUUAAAAUGAGAGAAGCCAUAGGCAGAGAUUUCAAAAGUAACCUUUAGCUGGAAAUUUUCUUCCUGCUAUCUGGCUGCAGUCAUAUGGACUGCAGUUGAAGCUUUUUGACUUUUAAGUUACUCUUAAAACUACCUUAUCAAGUAAAAGCCUAGAGAUCACCUUGAUAUCUGUUUGGUGCUCAAACACCAAUUCAUUAAUAAAUUUGGUUAUUCUGUGUCAGCAUAAGCUGACACCUCUGUUUGUAGAAGAAGGUGAACCAAAAGCUUACUCUUUUCCAGUUUUUCAAGACUGUAAAAAACCAAAAGUUUUUAAUGCCAACUUUCAGUAAGUCACUGAUCAUUUUAGCUAGUAGUUGAGUAAAUUGGCUUCAUUCAUUCAGUUACGUAAUUUUUAACAAACGCUUUCAAACUGUUUUGAAUGUCAGAUUUUCUCACAGCGUACCAGUGUAUACAGUUGAGAAGCUCAAAACUGCUCAUGCUGACUAUGGCUCUGCAUAUUAGCUGCAGACCACAUUUUGGGAAUCAUCAGUUUAACCAUUCCCUUCAUUCUGUUUUGUAAAGGUAUAUAUGUAUUUAUCAAUAGUGUCAUGUAUUAACUCUCCACUUUUGUGGAAACUAAACCUAAGAACUUGUCAAAUACUUGAGUUUGCACAAAACUAAGGGGGAGAGGAAAAUCAGACCUCCUUUCUCUACUGAUCUCAUACAUUUCUCACACCGAAAGCAUAUUGGUUAGUCAUAGUUUCACCUACAUUGCUUUUCAUUGUCUCCACCCAACAUCUCCCCUCCAGUCAAUCAAAAUCAAAUCUAAAAUCUGGUCAUAUACAUAGUAAUUUUAAUAAAUUUUUAUGUAAAGUUUUCACUAAGGCAUUUCAAUAAUAUGCAAUCCAACAUGCUAUUUAUCCAGAUUUAUAAGCAGUAAAGCCACAUGUCAACACCUCCUCUUUUGAUUGAAAUACUUAUUUCUGUUCUCACCUGCUUUUUCACUUGUUCCUAUUCUCAACUUCACAUGUGAAGACAUGAAUACAACAAUACAUUUUAUUCUCCAUCUGUCCCUCUGAGAAGAAAAUACUAUGCUCAAAGUCGUCGUUCCUUCAGUG